UGACCUCAACGACGUGUUCAGAAAAUCAGAAGCAGAUAGAGAGAGGCGGGUGUGUGGGACCAGUGUAACCAGCGUACUCAGUGUAGUCCUCAGUGUGCACAGUGUUGUGUUGUGCAGUGUGUAACGGCAUGAUGGAUGGAGUGAGUGAGGAUGACCUCUGUUGGCUCCAGUUGGAUGACUUCAGGAUGCUGCUUAUCAAAACUAUUGAUCCUUCAAGAAUCACCCCCUACCUCCGCCAGUGUCAGGUGAUCAGUGCUGAGGAUGAAGAGCAGCUUUUCAAUGACCCGGCCCUCGUCAUCAGGAGGCGUAAAGUUGGAGCCCUACUGGACAUUUUGCAGCGAACGGGAGUCAAAGGUUACACAGCUUUCCUCGAGAGUCUGGAACUGGAUUAUCCUCAACUGUACAGCCGGAUCACUGGGAAGGAACCCAACAAGACCUUCAGCAUCCUGAUUGACACAGCAGGAGAAUCAGGUCUCACUCAGUUCUUGAUGUCGGAGCUCAGCCGCCUGCAGAGGGCACUGCAGGAUGAGCGGAGGCGCCGCCAGCAGGCCUGCUCUGCUGCCAAGGAUCAGGAGGUGUGGUCUCGCCAGCAGCAGCUGAAGGACCGUGAGCUGAAGAAGCUGACUGAGCGUGUGCAGAAGAUACGAGAUGAGCGGGAGCGGCUGAGUGAGGAGGUCAAGCAGCUCAGAGAUCACAACUACAGUCUGAUGGCUGACAUCAACAGUCUGAACCAGGAGAAGAGCAACGCCCUGUUGGCCAACAGAGACCUGCAGAUAGAGGUAGAGCGCCUGAAACACACAGUGAUGCGAGCAGAAAACCAGACUCGACUGCUGAGGCGACGAACACUGAGACCACUCCAGGAGAGCAAGAGUCUGGCUUUGCCCACUGAGACCUUUUUCCACCCGGAUAAACUGGAGGAGCUGAAAGAGGAGAAAAAGGAGGAGAAAAAGCAGGAGAAGAAAGAGGAGGCACCAAAGCAGCAGCAGCAGCAGCAGCAGGAGAGUAAAGCUCCUAUGAUGAACCUCCUCUCCACGGUGUUCAGACUGAGGAGAGAACUCCACAAAACAGAGGAGCAGAGAGCCAGGAGUUUGGAGGAGAAAGAGGAACUGGAACUGCGCUGUGCUCAGCUGAAAGGAGAUGCUAAGAUCUACCGUCAACAAAACAAACAAACCCUGAGACAGCUGGAAGAGGUGAUCAGGGAGAGAGACAAGGCACUGUCAUCCCAGUCAGAGAAGCAUGAGGAGGCACGUGUACUCCUGCAGGAGAAGGACCAGUACAGGGAGCAGGUCAGAAAGCUGACUGAGCAAAUGGACAGGCUGGAGCUUCUGCUGCUGAGGUCACAGGGGGAGGAGCUACAGCUGAGGACACGCCUCCGCAGAAUCACUUCCAACUCUCAUCAGUGUGAGAGGAGUGUGAGCAGCGAGGAAGAGGAGGAGCCUGCAAAGAGCACUGCUAAAGGCAGCAGUGAGGAGGUUCGCAGCGGGACAUCGGGGGAGAACGACGAGACUCAGCGGCAGCAGAAUGACUCUUCAGGAGAAAUUGUUGAGACUGGCUUCAAAUCCAGUAAUACUGUAUCAUGGGAGGAGCAAGCAGAAGUCUGUUUUAGAGGUCGUUCAAACUUUGUUUACCGCAGGAAGCGAGCCCUCAGGUCAAAGUUCAACAGUACAGACUACGUAGCCUGUAACCUCGACGACAGCAGCGACAUCACCGACUCUGACUGAUGUGACUUCAUGAAUGUAUUUAAUGUUAAAUGCAUGGCAUAUUUUUACAAACCUGGAGCUCAAAGUGCUCCACAUGGCAACACCAAAACAACUCUAAGAAGCAGCAAUAAAGUUUUACUUCAGACAAAUGAAGACAACAUAUAGCUAUUUAUGUUUAAUACAAGAAUUUCUAAUAGGACUUAAAGAAAAAAAAUGUAAACUUAAUAGCAACAAUACAUCACAACUGUCAGCCUAAAAACUGAGGGCCAGAUUUACUGAAGGGUGCAAGUUUGUGUGAUGCUGCUGUUGCAAAAAUGCACAGAUGGGAGAGGAAAUUCUGCAGCUCACUUGUUAAAAUUGCUCAUUUAAAAAUAAGAUCCAGCUAGUUUAUUUCAGUAAUGAGAAAUGAACCAAGAGCAGCACAACCUGGUGAGUCAAAAAGAGCCGAACUGAUCUAACUGAUGAGGGUUUUUUCGCUGGUGCAGACCGUUAGAAAAUCUGGCCCAAAGGGGAGUUUACAGAGGAAGCAGUUUGUAGCAAUUUUGUAGCAGACGGUUGGUCACGAGUAGACAUUCCAGCUUCUGGCUGCUUAGGUACAUCGCUGAGGUGUUUACCACCCUUUCUUUUGUGAAUUAGCAGCAUCUUUGGUUGGAUUCACCGGUAGUCACUUAAAUCGCUCACCUUGAAGUUGAGAAAAGUUUAACUCAGACCUGCCCACUGCGCAUCACCAAAGGUUAUUUCAUCUUGAUGUAA